CUUGUAAGCGGUGACACAGAAUAUCUUGCUCGUUGGGAGUCCCCGCCAUUCUUAUCUUGCGGUCUGUAAUGUAAUGCUCUGAACUUCGUCAUGGAAAGUUUGCAAGCAGUGUUUCAUCCUUCGGUCGUCCAAUAUGAGCCAGACACUGAGAAUAUCAAACGGAAGCUCAUCAAGAAGGGUGUCUACCCGACACCCAAAAUCAUUCACACUCUUCGUAAGAAAGAAAUCCAAAAACAUAAUCGAAAACUUAAGCGUCUUGCCGAACAAGAUGACCACGUCCCUCGGCUUUCUCGGUCCCAAAAGCAAGAACUCUUGGAAGAAUACGAAUUCCAGGCGUUAAAGAGCGAAUACAAAGAAUUUUCAAGAGCAAUAGAAGCCAAAGUAGGAGAGAAGGCUGAAGCCAUGAUGGUGGGGAGGCCAUGGGAUGCGCUUAAGAAGGUUGAAUUUCUACAGCUUGCGCGAACGAAGGAAUAUGGUGGUGAAAAGCUUCGGAAGGAGAGUUUGAAGGAAUUGAAAGAAAUGUUUGAGGCGCGAAAGCUGGAUGAGUUGCGGUGGGCUUUAGACGAUGACAUUGAAGUGAAUGAGGAUUGGCUCAGUGGUGAAAAUGAAAACCAGGCGGCUGGGAGGAAGACAAGGAAACGCAGCGAGGCCGAGGUGAUACGAUUUCUCGUUAAUAGGCUAAGUGCUAAGGAGAUUACUAUAAAGGAUUGGAAAUUUGCAAGAAUGAUGAAGCUGUCUGGAUUGCAAUUUACUGAGGGUCAGCUGCUGAAGAUUCUCGAAAAGCUUGGCGCUAAAGGAACCUGGAAACAAGCGCUUUCUGUGGUGGAUUGGGUGUACAAUAAAAGUGACAACAGGAAUUAUAAAAGCCGGUUUGUUUACACAAAACUUCUUGCGGUUCUUGGGAGGGCAAGAAGGCCAAAGGAGGCCCUUCAAGUUUUCAAUCUGAUGCGUGGGGAUCUCCACAUAUAUCCUGAUAUUGCUGCAUAUCACAGCAUUGCUGUUACACUUGGUCAAGCUGGUCUUCUGAAAGAGUUGAUGAAAGUUGUGGAGUGCAUGAGACAGAAGCCCAAUAGAAGAUUUAUGAACCGGAAGGACUGGGAUCCCAUCCUUGAACCUGAUGUGGUUAUAUAUAAUGCUAUACUGAAUGCUUGUGUUCCAUCAACGGAGUGGAAAGGUGUGUCAUGGGUGUUUAAGCAACUGAGGAAGGGUGGUCUGAAACCAAAUGGGGCAACUUAUGGACUUGCAAUGGAGGUAAUGUUGCAAUCAGGCAAGUAUAACCUUGUCCAUGAGUUGUUUAGAAAGAUGAUAAAAAGCGGGGAGGCUACCAAAUCUCUGACAUAUAAAGUGUUGGUGAAAACUUUCUGGAAGGAAGGCAAAGUUGAUGAAGCUGUGGAAGCGGUCAGGAACAUGGAAAGAAGAGGAAUCAUAGGAACAGCCAGUGUGUAUUAUGAGCUAGCUUGUUGCCUUUGCAACUUUGGGAGAUGGCAAAAUGCUAUGCUAGAGGUUAAGAACAUUAAAAGACUUUCUCAUGCGAGGCCAUUGGAGGUUACCUUCACUGGCAUGAUAAUGUCUUCCUUGGAUGGUGGCCACAUUGAAGAAUGCAUAUGUAUAUUCGAACACAUGAAAGAACACUGUGCUCCUAACAUAGGGGCUAUAAAUGCCAUGCUGAAAGUUUAUGGCCGAAAUGAUAUGUUCUCUAAAGCUAAAGAGUUAUUUGAGGAGGUUAAGCGAGCUAAAUCAGACAUUGUACCAGAUGAGUAUACAUAUAGCUCAAUGUUGGAAGCAUCUGCCAGUGCACUCCAGUGGGAAUAUUUUGAGCAUGUGUACAGAGAAAUGACACUCUCUGGUUAUCAGCUGGAUCAAAAUAAACACGCGUCAUUGCUUGUUGAAGCAUCAACAGCGGGCAAGGGGCAUUUACUGGAGCAUGCAUUCGAUGUCCUUCUGGAAGCCGGAGAAAUCCCUCCUCCUUUUUUCUUUAUGGAACUGGUAGUUCAAGCUACAGCUUAUCAUAAUUAUGAAAGAGCUGUUGUCCUUAUUACCACUAUGGCUUAUGCACCAUUUCAAGUAAGCGAGAAGCACUGGACUGACCUGUUUAAGGAAAAUCAAGGCAGAAUAAAUCUCGAAAAUCUGGAGCAUUUGUUGGACGCUCUUGGCAAGUGUGAUGUUCAAUAUGAGCCAACAGUCUCAAAUUUAUCGAGAUCAUUGCAUUUUCUUUGUGGAAGUGGUACAACAAGAAAUGUCUCUGGUACCAUUGAUAUUGGAAGUGAAGAUACUAGCAAAGAUGAGAGUGAGAGAACUGAUGAUGGUGGAAAUACAAAUGUGCCAUUUAGUUCAGAGACAACAAUGAACGAAGGUGCUGAAUGGAUUAGAGGCAUUGUUGGCAGUUCCCAUGUCGAUCCAAAUAUAACUUCGUCCCAUGAUGAUCGUGUCAACAGUGAUGAUGAUGAUGAUAAUAUUGCCAUUGUUUCUAGGCCUCAAAACUCUGAUAAUGUAGACAGAACAAGUUUUUUUACUGAUAGGCGGGGAUUUGCUGAUGAUCUGGAUUUUGACGAAUAUUUUGAGACUCUACAUGAGAAGUGGGAUUUGUCUGAUGGAAGCACUGAAGAGGACGAGACAGCAUUCGAGAGGCCCUCAGCAUAUGAAAUAUUGGAAGAAUGGAAGAAAAAGAGAAAGGCGGAUGGGAGUUAUCCUAAAUCACAAAGUGCACAAUGACACUAAGGUGCUUUAAUUCAAUGUGCUAGCACGACUAAGGUAGAGCUGACAGUAACACGUUGUAAAAAUAUUGAAGGGUUACAAGUCUGUAAUUCAUUUCAUAAUCUUGUUCUUGUGAUAUAUUAUUAAUUUCUGUUA